UAUCACUUUUAUUUGUCCGUAUCAACCAGCAAUCACCAUCAUCAUCAUCUAGGGUUUUUGCUUCGUUGCCCCAUUGUCAUAUUGCUCAAAUCAAUCAACUUCACCACCACCGCUACAAUGACGACAGUUGUACCUACAUCCGAGGAGGAUCCCGUCCUCUACGUUGUGCGUUUCACCGCCGAAAUGUCCUGGGCUGAAGCCGGUCCUGAGGUAGCUGAACAACAAGUGUCUAGUCUGUGCUUGGAGGCUCAGGAAUGCAUGGUUGCCGGUAGAUGGUUGGAUUUGGCUUCACUCAUGGUUACUUCUGCUGAUUUGGUGUUUUCUAAAGCGUCUGAUAAAGAUCUUGAGAGCAUCUUCACCAUUAUCUGCAAUCUUGUGAAGAAACCUGAAAGUCUUGAUGAAUUAUUAGAGAUGGCAAAGCUAUUAUCCACAAAAAUUGCACAGCAACCAAAUGAUAAGCCCGCACUGCGAUUAAAGAUCCUGUUUAAUCUGUACAACCUGUUGGAGAAUCCUUACAGUCGGUUCAUCGUUUACAAGAAUGCCCUCAAGUUGGCAAAAGAAGGAAAAGUCAUCGAACACAUUUUUCCGUCUUUUAGAAAGAUAGACAGUUUGUUGAAAGAGUGGGAUCUUGGAGUGCAGGACCAGAGGGAAUUAUUUUUGGCCAUUUCUAACAUUUUUAAGGAACAUAAAAGCUCUCCGAAGGAAACCCUUAAGUUUUUAACGAAGUAUUUGGCUGCAUUUUCCGGUGAGGAUUCACAUGUUUUGGAGGAGGCUAAGGAAGAAGCUGCACGUGCUAUUAUUGAAUUUGUUAAGGCACCCGAUGUUUUUCAGCAUGAUUUGCUUGAGAUGCCCGCUGUAGCCCAAUUGGAGAAAGACAAUAAAUAUGCAUCGGUAUAUCAGCUUCUGAAGAUAUUUCAGACUCAGAGGCUCGAUGCCUACUUGGAUUUCUACACCACAAAUUCUGCAUUACUGCAAAGCUAUGGUCUUGUACAUGAAGAAUGCAUAGCAAAGAUGAGGUUGAUGUCAAUUGUGGAUCUUGCCUCCAAUGAAUCCGGCCGAAUCCCAUAUUCUUCGAUUAAAGACACGCUUCAGAUAGAGGCUGAUGAAGUGGAAACCUGGGUGGUUAAAGCAAUUACUGCUAAACUCAUCGAUUGCAAAAUGGACCAAAUGAAUCAAGUCAUCAGAGUGAGUCGCUACACUGAGCGUGUUUUCGGGCAUCAUCAGUGGCAAGCUCUACGAGAAAAGCUGGCAACAUGGAGGGGUAACAUAGCAAAUGUAAUAACAACCAUUCAAGCAAACAAGGUCACUGAAGAAGGAACUCAGGCAUUGCAAGGUUUGGCGAUACGCUAGAUUUUGGUUCGUUUUAGCAACUAUUAUCAUCCUCUUCGUCGUCAUCAGGGACUGUGAUACUGAGGAACGGGGGCGCACACAUACAUUCAUUGUUAUUGCUUUAAUUGAGUGUUAAUCACACAUUUUGAAAGUUGUCUUCAAUCAGUAGUUUUUACUUUUUACUUUUUUUUUUCUAAGUAUGAAUUUGUACCUUUUAAUGAGGAAUUGUGCUCUAGCCACAUCAUUGUUUUUACGCGCCAAGACUAAUCCAAACAUGCAAAAAGCUUCUUCA